AUGUCUACCGAUGCAGAAAAGAAGCUACUAUCUUCCAUCCUCAAUCAACUCAACGGCGAAAUCGACUGGGACAAAGUUGUGAAGGAUGUCAAUGUCCCCACCAAGUCAGUCGCUCAGAUGAGGUGGACACGUUUCAAAAAAACAUUACCCAACCUGGAAUCAAAUGGAAAUGGCACUGAUUCUCCGCCAGCAACGCCAAAGAAAAGACAAUCACCAACGAAAAGCAAAACUCCUAAAGGAAGUUCUAAGAAGAAGCAAAAGCGCUCGAAAUCUGGAAUAGACAGCGAUGACGAAGACGAAGAAGCCCAAUUUGAAAAUGAUGACGAGGAAGAGAAUAAGAAAGUUACCACUGAGACACCUGCACGAAGUCUUCCAAGCAGGAAGGCUAAAACUAGGUCCCCGAUUAAGGAGACACUUACGAGCGAUGAAGAAGAGGAAGAGGAGGGCGAGAUCAAUGCUUAUUUCAAGGAUGAAGAGCAAAAUUGA